AUGGUUGUGAACGAGAGGCCUUCCAAGAGAGCCAGGCGGCGGGUUUUCGCCGAUCUGCCCGACCUCUUCACCUUCCCUCCUCCUCCUCCUCCUGACUCUCCCGAAGCCUUCCGUGACAACGUGCGCGGCUUUCUCGGCCGCCACGCGCGCGUCACGCUCCCGUCUUCCUCUCUCUUCCCCUCCCUGCUGACCUGGCAGAUCGCCCUCCGGGUCGACCCCGCCGUCGUCCUUCCCUUGGAUAUCGUCGAGGAGGACGUCACGCGCUCCCGGCGAUCCGUCUACUGCGACCAGUGCCGAGUCGUUGGUUGGAGUGGGCAUCCUGUUUGCCGAAAGCGAUAUCACUUCAUUAUUAGAAGCAACGCUGAGAGCUGUGAUAGUGAGACUCCCUUCCAGUUCCAGCAGCCGCCACAGCAAGAGAAGUGGUGCAACUCUAUUAGUGCCACCGGGGCGGAGGACACGGCCGAUGAUGUUGAAGAGUGGGCCUAUAACCAAUUGCAUGACAACACUCAUCUUCUUCAUGCUGUCAUCCACUCCAAUGGCUUCGCCCAUCUUCUUACCCUCAAUGGCAGACAAGGAGGCUCCACCUCUCUCUCCGGCCGUCACAUUAUGGACUUGUGGGAUAGGCUCUGUCUAGCCCUCUCCGUCAGGAAGGUCAGUGUGAUGGAUGUAUCAAAAAAGUAUGGGAUGGAGUACAGAUUGCUGCAUGCAGUCACCCAUGGCCGCUCUUGGUAUGGAAAUUGGGGUUAUGAAUUUCGAUGUGGGAGCUAUGCUCUCACACAAGACUCAUACCACAAAGCAGUGGAAACCAUCUCCAUCUUGCCCCUACACCCUUUCCAAUUCCAGCCUAGGAAACCCAGGACUCGCCUGCAAGCUGUCAUUGCCUUUUACCAAUCUUUCUCCAAUGCCCAACUCCAAACAACAAAAGAUCUUUUUACAUUUAUGUUUAGUCUAAUUCCUAAGCCCCGUGGACCUACUUCAUCCAAGAAACUCAACCUUGACACUUACAAUAUUUUGUGCGUGUGGACAGCCAACGAUGUCCAACAUGUGCAACAAGCUAUGAUCAAGCUGCUUUCAGCAGUUCGUGAGCCCAAUUGGGUGUCAAAACGUGCUCUCAAGGGUGCAUUAUACAAAACUUUCUCCGCAGAGCUUCUUGAUUACUCCCUUAAACACUUGGGAGGUCAGUUGGUAGCUAAUAACAUGGUAGUUGAAACUAGAUGCAAUCCCGAUUCUACCGGUGUUGAAUACAGACUUGAGCCAUUUGCUAUUGGAAGAUCUGAGUUCAAGCCAAAUUUUCCAUCCGAACAGCAAAUCCUUGGUGACCUCAAAUUUUUGUAUGAUUCCAUUCUCCACCCUGACACCAUGCUAUGCUAUGCACCUCAAGAGAUGAGGGAUAAUGUUAUUGAUGCAGCAACUAAGCUUCUUGAUUGCAAGCAAUUUAUCAAGGACUACAAGCCUGAUACAAUUGAAGCAGCACACCUUUCUCGUAUUCACCUCUGGUGUGAUGUGCAGCUUUCAGACCACCUAAAAGAUGAUUUUGUCCUGCCUCCAGAACUAGUUGUUUUGCCUCUGAAUGCAACUCUUGCCGAUCUUAAAAGUGAAGCUACCAAAGCCUUUCAGGAAGUAUAUGCCAUGUUUAAAAGGUUUGAAGUGGAGGAGUUGCUUGAAUGUGGCUCUAUAAAUGAUUCAAUUACAGCAAAACUGCUGUUUGGAACAAGUGGCACAGUUCAUUUGAAAGGGAAAUGCCCGGCAAAACAUGGUCUUAACCGAUUCCGGAUGGAGAGAGGAAUUGAAAGCUGGAUUGUUGAUUGCACAUGUGGGACGAAGGAUGAUGAUGGGGAGAGAAUGAUGGCUUGUGAUACAUGUGGUGUUUGGCAGCACACGAGGUGUGCUGGCAUUCGUUGCUCUGAUGAGAUCCCUGCGAAGUUUGUUUGCCUGAGAUGUAUGAGCUCAUACCAGGAGAAAAGCCAUAGCAACUGUGAUUCUGCCAAGGACGCUAAUUAUGUUCCUGUGACUAACACAACUUGCAGAGCCAAGGCAGUCAGGGCAGAUGGUCGAGGUGUAGCUUCUAACCUGAAUAUGACUUCUAGUGUACGUUGACUGUAGUAUUUUGUAGCCUUUGUAGGUUUUAAGAUGGGGCGAAGAUUUUCUCUUUUAGAGUUUCUCCUUGGUGACUUUCCCGCAUUGUCAAGUUGUGUGUAUAUAGCAGUUCAAUGGAAACAAAAACAAAUAUUUAUUGUAA